AUGGCGAUACCAGUACUGCUUCUAAACGAUGGCAACAACAUUCCAAAGAUUGGAUUUGGCACCGGCACUGCCUGGUAUAAGAAUGACCCGAAGGACCCGUUUGACCCCACUCUUGUCGAAGUCUUGAAGUCUGCUGUCAGCAAAGGCUUCAUUCACUUUGACUGCGCUGAUUCUUACGGAACCGAGCCUGAAUUGGGGGUGGCGAUCAAGGAGAGCGGUGUACCCAGAGAGCAGCUCUUCAUCACAACAAAGGUCCAAGACGGUUGGGCUGACGUCGAAGGCGCUAUCGAUGAGAGCUUGAAGCGUUUGCAACUGGAGUAUGUGGAUCUCUACCUACUUCACAACCCGUUCAUCAUUCCAACCGCCCAAGAAUUGCAAGCCGCCUGGAAGGGCCUCGAAAAUGCAAAGGCUUCAGGAAAGGCCAGAUCCAUCGGUAUUUCCAACAUGCAGCAAAACCACGUCGAGACAAUUCUCCAGACGGCCACGAUCACACCAGCAAUCAACCAGCUCGAGUACCACCCAUACCUCCAGCGGGCCCAUGACUACAUUACCUGGCUCCGAGAACAAGGCAUCGUGGUCUCAUCCUUUAAGGGGUUGGCACCGAUCACUGUUGGAAAAGGUGGGCCUUUGGACGAUAUUGUGGCCAAGGCGGCAGCUUCACACGGUGUUGCACCCAGUACCAUUCUGCUUCGAUGGAGCCUGGACCAGAAUGUCGUGCCAAUCACAACAACAACCAGUAUUGACAGAAUGGAUGAUUAUCUGGGAGCACUACAGCUCACUUUAACGAGGGAAGAAAUGGAGGAAAUCACUCGGACUGGCUUAACCCACCACUUCAGUCUCUGCAAAACGAUAUGCCAUGCCGACACUGCUGCGGCAGUCGAUGACGGUUUCUUCGCCUACGAAGAGAAGCACAUCCCCGUCAUACUCAGCACAAUGGCAGCCGCAAGGAGAAAGCCCACCACCCGUGGCGGCAAGCUGUCCCAACCGCUGCCGUCAACAGCUUACGCCGGGGCCGGCACCGGCAAGCGCAGCGGUGCAGACUACGCCGCCCUCCAGGCCGCCAAACAGGAGGCCGAGCGCCGCGAGCACCUGGCGGCUGACCGGCGCCGCGCCGAUGCCAAAUGGCGGCCCAAGAUCCCCGAGGUGCGCAAGUUCUCAAACUUUGAGGCCUUCAAGAACCGCUUCCACGAAGUUGGCGACCGUGAUUACGCUAUCGAGGUCCUUAUGGCCGCGCCCAACCUGCAGGCGCAGAUCCGCAAGGAGCAGGCAGCGCGCCGUAAGGAGGAGAUGGCGAGGACGCGCCAAAAGUAUGGGAUGUUUUAUGGGCCCCAAGUAUACGCCUAUGAGCCGCCAAUGAUGGGCAAGACGGGCGGUAGCGACAAGAAGUUUCCUGCUCCCGAUGAUGGUCAACUCCAAGGAACCAACAUGAUGCGGAUCCGCAUAAAUUCCCAGGCAGUCCUGGGCCAUCUUACCUCGUUGCUGGGCGAGACCGAGAGAAGAUCCACUCCCAGGACGUUCGUACGCCCCUUCAAGCCGCUGAUCUACUACCAGCAAAAGAUGAAGGACGUCUUGGCUGCUCUAGAGGAGAAAUGGAGCGAUGUUGAGGGCUUGGAGGAGGAGGACUCCGAGACUUCUAUCGAGACUGCUGAUGACAUCGAGUUCGUCGGUGAGUCCAGCGUCGAGCCUCCCAAGGCUGCGGCGCAGCGUGAUGAGGCGGCCGACGAUUCUGCGAAUGAUGACGACGACGAAGACUACGAUGACUCCGACCGAAAGUCGCUCCAGUCGAUCGAUUCCAACGCAGAGGAUCAGGAGAUCAUCAUGGACGGGUUCCAGGCGCUCCGGGACAUGCGCUGCUACGUGAACUUCGUCGAGACCGAAGUAAUGCCUCUAUACAAUCAGUAUAAUGGUACGUCGGCGACCAAGGUUCGCUACGAGGACCUCUGGUCGCUGUUCCGUGUCGGAGACUUGAUCUAUAUGCCCGCGAGCAACGACAAUAGUGGGCGGUACCACGAGCUUUGGAGAGUGUACCGAAUCAAAAGCCCUCAACCAGACAUCAAGUAUCCGACGGCAGGCUAUGGUUGGCUCGAAGAUUUCCGCGAAGAGAAAGAAGAUGAAAGGUUCACCAUCUGUGCCUACUACAUCGAUCAUGACGGUGCCGAGUUUGGUGCCGUCCGCCACAAGUUCUUCGUUGACGCUUUCCCCGGAGAGCGAUCUAUCGAUUCGCUCGAGGUGUUCCCCAUCCGCUUCGCCGAGAACCAUGAACAGGUCCUCGAGAGCCACAAGAAGCAGGGCCGCGACUUCAAGAGAUACCUGAGCCCCAAGGAGCGACACCAGGCCUACAACGCGUGGACCGUCACCCGCAACCCGCCCCACGACCCGUACGACUACAAUGAUCGCGAUGCAGAGGUUCUCCGCAACGAGGAUGGCCAGCACUGGCGCCACCCCGAGUACGUAGAAAGCGACGUGAUCGUCGACAUGAACGAAGCGUUCCAGCGGAAUUCGGACUGGCGGCCCACCUUCCACCGCCCCAAAUCCGUUAAGCCCAUCACCUGCAACUUCGAAGAGGACGAGAUGAAGAUUCAGCAGUGGCUGAACGGCUCUCGCUCCAAGCUCGCUUUCGCACAGACCGAGGUCAUCCAGAUGACGGAUGGCGUCGAGCUGCGACAGCGCCGUGAGAACCUAGCCGUGGACACCUUCCUGAGCCAGCGCGUACGCAACUCGGGCCGCAGCAGCCGCCAGGUCAAGUUUACGGAGCCGAUGGACCUCUGCGAGGAGGAUCUCGUCCUUCUCCCCAAGCGCAUGUUCUCGUACGUCCUGCGCGAGCGCCGCUUCGUGCCCAUCGACAUCAACUUCCUCAAGCCGAUCCGUCGUGAGCAGGGCGUCUUCGAGAACCUACGCAUCUUGAAGGACUACAAGGACAUCGUCCGUGGCCUCGUGGGCUCCCACUUCGAGAAGAAGACCAUCGAGCGCAAGUACAUUGACAUCGCCACAGAAGGUCCCAGUCAGGAUCUCAUCCAGGGCAAAGGUCGGGGUCUCGUUGUCCUCUUGCACGGAGUUCCGGGUGUAGGCAAGACAGCCACCGCCGAGGCCGUGGCCAUGGAGAACCAGAAGCCCCUGUUCGUCAUCACCUGCGGCGACCUGGGUCUUUCGCCGUCCGAAGUCGAAAGGUCCCUGACCAACGUGUUCCGCCUGGCGCACAUGUGGGACUGCGUGUUGCUGCUCGACGAGGCUGACGUCUUUUUGUCGCAGCGGUCUAAGCAGGACAUGAAGCGCAACGCGCUUGUCUCGGUCUUUUUGCGCGUGCUCGAGUAUUACAACGGCAUCCUCUUCCUGACCACUAACCGCGUGGGCACCAUCGACGACGCCUUCAGGUCGCGUAUCCACAUGUCGCUCUACUACCCGCCUCUAGACAAGGCGCAGACGCGCGACAUCUUCCGCCUCAACGUGGCCAAGCUGCGCGAGAUCGAGUCGCAGAGACACCAGCUCACAGGAGAGCCGGCCUUGCUGAUCAAGGAGGCCGAGAUUGUCGAGUUCGCCAGCAAGCACUACGAGGAGCACGCGCGCAUGUCGGGCUGCUGGAACGGCCGCCAGAUCCGCAAUGCGUUCCAGAUCACGAGCAGCUUGGCUCACCACAACUACGCCGACCAAAUGGCGCUGGCGAGGAGCCGCGGCCAGCAAGGUCCUGCUGGACCCGUGCUGGAUCGAGCUCUGUUUGAGAAGGUCCAGAUGUCGACGCAGUCUUUUGAGAGGCACAUGAGGGAAACGCGGGGAGGUGAUCUGGACUUGGCUUUGCGGAACACAUUCGACCAAGACAAGUUUGACUGA